ACGUUUUAAUCUCUCUUAAACACGCUUUGAAUUGCAACAUAAUUAAUUAAUUAAUUAAUUAACACCUAAAUUGAAACAAACUCAGAAAAGAAAAAGAGAGAGUUGUAUUCGGUUUUAAAUUACUUGUCUUCCUCUAUAUUAUAUCGCACCCUCGAUUAGCAUACGAUCGCCAUGCCAGCUUCCUUCAAGCUUUCUCUCUAUCGAUUUUUCAUAACACUGCGCGGCUUCUCGCAAGAGAUGUUUGAUUACCGCCAAUUUAGUCGCACGAAGUCUCCUCUCUUCUCUUCCAUCGUCUUUGCUGUUGUCAUUUUUAUAAUCUACGCAGACGGCAUCGUCUAUAACCUAUCUCUGCAAUAUUCUGCAACUUCGAGUUCCAAAGGAUUAAUCCCUGAGUUUACGAGAUACAAAGACGUUGAUGGCCAACGAAUCACCGUUGUUGUUCCUAACUUGGGAGCACUGUCUUCCAGGAAAGAUGAAGAGGAGUCUGAUCGUCGUGAAAAAUUCAGUAGUGAAAACCAGCAACUACCACUGAUUUCUUCUGAGAAAUCGCAAGGGGCCAAUAAUGAAGUUCUUGAUAGUGAAGGUCAGAUAAGUUCUAUAAAGCCUCCGUUGCAUUUGACAAGAGAAGAAAGGGUUGCGUGGUUCAAGGAAAGACUGCCACGAAUUGAGAUUUUCAAGUCAAACAACUUAACGCGGCAGUUUCAUGGUCGAGUUCUUGAAUUUUUCAACGACGACUGUGAGGUUAGGUUCUUCAUGACAUGGAUUUCUCCGGCAAGUUCUUUUGGAAGAAGAGAAGUCUUAGCCAUGGAAAGUGUAUUCAAAUCUCACCCACAUGGUUGCUUGAUGAUUAUAUCAACAACAAUGGAUUCUCCACUUGGAUACAACAUCAUGAAGCCGCUACUUGAUCGAGGGUUUAAACUCGCUGCAGUCACCCCUGACUUACCUCUUCUGUUCAAGAACACUCCUGCUGAAAUUUGGCUCGAUGAAAUUCAGAGCGGAAGCAAGGACCCGGGUGAGAUUCCACUGGCUCAAAAUCUAUCUAAUCUAAUCAGACUUGCAGUUCUGUACAAAUACGGCGGCGUUUACUUAGACACAGACUUCAUCGUUCUGAAAAGUUUUAAAGAGUUGAGUAAUUCAAUAGGAGCACAGGCCAUUGAUGUGACCUCCAAGAACUGGACAAGAUUAAAUAAUGCAGUUCUGAUAUUCGAUAUGAACCAUCCACUUCUUCUGAGUUUCAUGAAAGAAUUUGCUGCAACUUUCGACGGAAAUAAAUGGGGACAUAACGGACCUUACUUGGUUUCCAGAGUGGUUCAUGAAGUAGAAGGAAAACCGGGAUAUAAUUUCACAGUGUUGUCUCCCACGGCGUUUUACCCAGUUGGCUGGACAAGAAUACAGAAUCUUUUUUCAAGCCCCAAAACUGGAAAGGAUUCAAGAUGGGUUGAAGCGAAGUUUCUGCAACUCAGUAACGAAACUUAUGGGUUGCACCUAUGGAACAAGCAGAGCAGGAGAUUCCCAAUCGAAAAAGGAAGUGUGAUAGAAAAAUUAAUUUCUGAUCACUGUGUUAUCUGCGAUCAAGCUUCUUCCAGAAAAAAGAUGAUGCUGAUACUCUGAAAGCGGGUGCUUCAGUGGCAAAUAUCAGAACGAAACUAAAUGGAACCAGUCAACAUUAGAUGCCUCCUUCUCAUUGCUGAAAGCUGGCCGGUAGUAUCAAAUUUUGUCUUCCUUACCAAUUUUUUCUCUUUAUACACUAAUACUCAAUUUUUUGGCCUGCUCUA